CACAGUUUAUCAGGACACAGAGAAGGGACUCCGGGCUCCAGACUUACUUCUUUUGGAAAGAAAGAGCCAAGGAAGGAAGAGAUCUCCCUGAGGAUGACCCUUAACUCCCAGCAGGAAGCAAAGACCACGCUGCGCCGUCGAGCCAGCACUCCACUGCCCUUGUCGGCCAGGGGCCACCAGCCUGGCCGCCUGUGCACAGCACCCCCUGUUCAAUCCCAGCAUCCACGACUGGGUCAGUCAGCCUCCCUCAACCCUCCCGUUCGGAAACCCUGCCCUGCCCAGGAUGGGUGGUCCUCUGAAUCCAGUGACUCUGAAGGCUCAUGGGAGGCCCUCUACCGGGUGGUGCUGCUUGGAGACUCCGGUGUUGGCAAGACCAGCCUGGCCAGCCUCUUCGCAGGGAAACAAGAACCACGGGACCUUCAUGAACAGCUGGGAGAUGUGUACGAGAGAACACUCUCAGUGGAUGGAGAGGACACCACACUGGUGGUUAUGGACACCUGGGAGGCUGAGAAACUGGGUGAAAGCUGGAGCCAGGAGUCGUGCCUGCAGGCGGGCAGCGCCUACGUCAUCGUGUACUCCAUCGCAGAUCGCAGCAGCUUCGAGAGCGCCUCAGAGCUCCGGAUCCAGCUGAGGCGCACGCAUCAGGCUGACCACGUGCCCAUCAUCCUGGUGGGCAACAAGGCCGACCUGGCCCGCUGCCGGGAAGUCUCCGUGGAAGAGGGCCGCGCCUGCGCAGUGGUGUUUGACUGCAAGUUCAUCGAGACUUCAGCCACUCUGCAACACAAUGUGACAGAGCUCUUCGAGGGCGUGGUGCGCCAACUGCGCCUGCGCCGCCAGGACAGCGCGGCCAGGGAGCCACCUUCCCCACGACGACGGGCCAGCUUGGGCCAGCGUGCCCGCCGCUUCCUGGCACGCCUGACGGCACGCAGCGCACAACGCCGGGCACUCAAGGCCCGCUCCAAGUCCUGCCACAACCUGGCUGUGCUAUGAGACCAGCGCUUCUCUGGGGUGACAGGACACUAUGGUGCCACCAAGGACCAAAGGUGCAUCUCCUGGAGUCCUCGUAGUGGACCUUACCGCUUGCCAGGAUGGCCAGAGCACUGUCAGGAGCCAGAGCAUCUCUAGGAGCCGAGGCUUUGAGGGCCUUUCCUGCCUAGGGAAGUGAUGAACAGAU